AUGGAUAAUAAUGAAGCGCCUGUUAUUAAAACAACCGAAGAAGUGAGCAUUAAGCCGGUAUGUGCGACCGUCAAGGAGAGAAGGAUUCUCGUUCCUAUCGAUAUCGCUUCUCACCAGCACUCGAAGAUAUCAACAGAGUUUGUGUUGAAGCAUUUGAUCAAGCCGAAGGAAAGCAGUAUUCAUUUCUUGACGAUUAUACCGAGGAAGGAAGUGAGCGAGUACUCGAGCACUUUGUCACAGAACGCCUCGCGUUGCAAAGCAACUGAACUCUCUAUUGAACGAUGGUUCAGGGAGAUUUGUGAGAAAAAUGAAGUCGCGUUUUCGGUGGAAGCAGUGGAGUUGGCAAAGAUGUCGAAUAAAACAAUAUCGUCAAUCAUUUGCGAACGAUGCCUUCGUUUCUCGGGGAAAGUAUACACUCUCGUCGCGUUGGCUGCGCACAACAGAAGCGGCAUUGCAGAAUUCUUUCUCGGAAGUGUUUGCAAAUAUGUCGUCGCAAACGCGUGCAUCCCCGUAUGUGUUAUCAACACAGCUCCACAAAUAAAAGAAACGGCUUGA